AUGUAUUCAAUAUUUCAGAAAAAUCAACAUAACAAUAAUAAUUAUUAUUUAAAAGAAUUUUUAAAUAAGAAUCAAUUCAAUAAAUUCAAUGAAUUAUUUUUCAAUUAUAAAGAAGAAGAGGGAGAUGAUAUCAAACCAUUAAAUAGUCCAAAAGAAUUUUAUGAAAAAUUAAAAGUAAGGAUGAAAUAG